CAUUAAACUUUUUUUUUUUUUUUUUUCGCCUCAAGGUUUUUAAACACACUGCCGCUAUGAAUCUUUUUAUUCCGGUUUUCUUUCUCGUCUGCUGCUCCGUGACAGCGGGAGAAGACGAGCGGCUACCGAAUAAAUGCGAAGUGUGUAAGUUUUUAACGGUGGAGCUGCAGGACGCGCUGGAGAAGACGAGUCGCUCCAAAGAAGUGCUGGAGGUCGGCGAGGUGCUGGACACGGGCAAGAGAAGAAGGAAGAUCAAAUACAACACCUCGGAAACGCGGCUGACCGAGGCGGUGGACGACAUAUGUGAACGCGUCCUCCAGUACAACGUGCACGCGGAGAGGCCCGGCAGCCUCCGGUACGCAAAGGGUACCAGUCAGACGAUGGAGACUCUGAAGAACCUGGUCCACAAAGGAGUGAAAGUGGAUCUGGGUCUUCCGUACGAGCUGUGGGACGAACCCUCCGUGGAGGUGUCAGACAUGAAAAAACAGUGCGAGACCAUGCUGGAGCAGCAUGAGGAGGUGGUCGAGGACUGGUACUUCCAUCAUCAGGACCAGAGGCUGGAGGACUUCCUCUGUAGGAACCACGUCCUCAAGGCAUCAGAGCAAGAGUGUAUGAAGGAGAAGUGGAAAGGAGACAUUGGGACCAAACGAGCGGACAAGGAGGCACAGGGUGCCCCCACCGAAGAGGAGGGCCUGGCGCACGACGCUGGGGAGCUGUGAGGGAGCACACAACGCAACGGGAGAACCUCAAUUUUUUUGCAAACUGCAAAGAAAUGAUGUAUUACGACACUAUUGUAUUUCAGCUACAUUUCAUCUGUUAUUUUAGUUUGGAUUUUAGGAACUGUUGCACCUUUAAUAUUCCUGUCAUUUUUCAGUGUUAUAACAUGUAAACGCUGUGAUGUAUUUAUGCGAACAAUACGCCUUUAAAUGCAAUAUGUACAGUUUUCUACUGUAAAUAAAAUGCC